AUGUAUUAUCACUACAAUAUUCUCCACAAAAAUUACGAAGUCAAACUUUUGGAAACGCUGCGGGGAACCGAAAUCAUGGAACAAUUUCCUACUUUGGAAAACUUGAUGGAAAACUUGGCUCAAUUGCCGGAGGAAAUAAAAGAUGACCAAAAGGAACGUGAAAGAGCAGAAAAAAUAAGCCCCGAUUUGCUAAAUCUUAUUCAAGAAAAGUUUGGCAGUUUAGAAAAAUUAAAAAAAGAAUUAGUAAAAAGUGCCUUAAAAGAUGGGCCUUGGUCUUUACAUUUACGGCCGCUAAUUGCUAUUGAU